AUGGCAACUAAUGCAAAUGGACUAAUGACUUGUUGCCAAGAUUUUGGAGUAUAUUGCAUUACCUUAUGGGUCUCUGAAGUUAUUGCAUUAGCUGUCUUAGCAGUUGGAAUAUGCUAAUUGAUAAGAAGAAAGAAAUAAUUUAGAUAGGCUAAAAAAAGAAAAAAUGUUAUCUACAUUUUAAUAAUCUUGUGCUUAACUUGUAAUAUUUUGUUUAAUGUGGCAUAAAAAACAUUGUUGGUUUUUUACUUUUUUUAGUUAUAUGUCUAUUAUGCAUUUUUGACCUACAUUGUAUUCUAUUUUGCUAGGAAAACUGUGAAGAUUAAAACCUUUCAGCCUCAUAAAAUGUUGCAAUUGAAAAUCUAUUGCAUCUGCUUGAUUUCACUGUUCACUAUAUUUUUGAUAUGGAAUCUGUAUGAUUAUGUAUCAAAUAUAUCUAAAUCCUAUUGGCUUUGUCAAAAAUAGAUAUUUCAUAUUAUAAGAAUGAUUGGUUUUAUAGUGGAUUUGGUUUUAAUAGCAGUUGCUCAUUCUUUAAAUGUGAGCAUUAAAAAGAGUCUAGCAAUAAAAUCCACAAUGUUAAACCACUUUGUCAAUUUUGAAGAAAAUAGCAGAAAAAUAAAUCGAUAAAGAAUAAACUUUUGGGUCCUUGUUUGUGUGACAUUUUUGGGUUAAUUAUUAUACUUCAUAGAGGAUAUCUAUUUUUUAGCCCAAGGGCCUACUGAAACUUGCACCAUUUAUUUAGAUAUUAUUCUUAGCGAAGCAUAUACAUUUCAAUACAUUUUGCUAUUAUUAAUUGUAUUAGUUUAAGUUCAACUUCCCUUUUCUAUUACAAUUUAUGUAUUCUGGUUCCAAGAACCAACAACUAAACAAGAAUCAAAAUCAAUCGAAUUUGAAGAAGACUACUUUAAAACAAUCAAAUUAUAGGCAAAAACAGAUUCAAAUUCAUCAGAAUAGAUAACAACAUUAAAGGAAUGA